AUGAAACGCUCCGUGGGAGUCCUUCAAAACACAGUUACUGAGCUUGCGUCAAAAAUAGACGACCUUGAAAACAGGGCAAGGCGUAAUAAUCUCAUCAUCAAUGGCCUAGAAGAAGGGGAUGGUGAAACCAACGAUAAGUUGCUAGAACUUGUUGAAAGCUCAGUAUUUCAGAAGAUUGGUGUCAUUGUCCAAUCUGUUGAACUUAUCUUCAGACUGUAUGACUUUAGAGAAAAGGCAUCAAUUUUGCGAAACUGUAACAAGUUAAAAGGGUCAACUAUUUCAGUUAGCGAAGACUUUUCGAAAAAGGUCCAACACGUACGCAAGCUACUGUGGAACAGCUGUCUUGAUGACAGGAAAAAUGGUGCAAAAGCGCGCCUUGUCUACGACAAGUUGUAUCUAAAUGAUAAGCCAUACUGUUGGGACCUCAUAUCUGGAUCACGCAGAGAGUAUGUGGCAGCUAAGACGGCCUCCGUUGUUAAUACGUCACGUGCUGACGCUGCCACCUCCCCUAUUACAAAUAAGGGUUCCUAA